AUGAAUUUACUCGCAUGCAUCUUUGCGUCAGUCGUAAUACUGGAAAUACGGACAGAUACUUGUCCCACGGGAUAUGUCCGAGUCCCGGGGGCCGAUUCUGGUUUUUGUUACCUGGUCGACAUAGCUAGUGGACCAGUGAGUCAACUGGAAGCUAAAGAGAUCUGUGAAAACAAAAGUUACGACUCAUAUCUGGCUUAUCCAGUGGUCAAGGACGAAGCUGAGGCUAUCGCCAACUGGGUUGUCGCACAAGGUGUGCCGUCGGAUGGCAUUGCGGGGUUCUGGACAGUUUGGGAAAGGUUUGUCUACGCACCUGCUGAAAAUGAUGGCAGCGUGAGCACAAAUGCCCAAACGAUUAGAAAGGAUCGCAGUUACACUCAAUCUUACUUACCCACAAGUCGAGGCUUCGACGACUUUCUGGGAGCGUACAACAGUGGCAUAGACUACUUCGACCACUCCAGAUCAAACGGAGGCUUCUGGGGUCUGGAUCUGCACUGGGAUGUUGGAAACAGUUCCAGUCCUCUCUGGGAUGACUAUGGCAAUUACGCCACUGAUAUUUUCACAGAGCGUGCUAAGUCUGUUAUCAAGGAAAAGAAAUUUAAAUCGGAGCCUUUCUUCCUGUACUUGGCCUACUCGGGCGUUCACACUCCGAUUCAGCCCAAAUCCGAACUCAUCUCUCGGUUCCGAGGAGUCUACGACGUCGACCGACGCGACUACCUCGCUCAAGUUGCCUCCGUUGAUGAUAACAUAGGUAGUAUGGCGCAACUACUUGAACAAGAAGGAAUAUUGAAUGAAACUCUAAUAGUGGUUGCGUCUGAUAAUGGGGGGCAAAUCUGUGACCACUGUGGACAGUCUAACUACCCUUUGAGGGGGGCCAAGAACACCAACUUCGAAGGAGGUGUUCGUACUCCAGCACUAGUUACAGGUCCCGGAGUUCGAUCAGGCAAGGUGUAUUCUGACUACUUCCACAUCACUGAUUGGCUGCCCACGCUACUAGAGGGAGCAGGUGGUAACCCAGAAAACCUCCCGGAUGACAUAGAUGGAAUGAGUCAGUGGAGUGAAAUGACCAGUCACUCUGGUGUCGUAACUGGACCACGUGAUGAAGUGCUGAUCCAAUUAUACUCUCAUGAUGGAAAUUCGGCUAUCAUUGUGGGUGAUUACAAGCUGCACUACAUGGGCACUGCAAACUCAGGGUCAUAUUACAAUGACGAGUGGUACUACUGGAAGGGCCCCCUCAACGAAACAGAUAGCGACCGAGUUCGAUUCCAGGGAAAUUGGGAACUCCCGUUAGUAGAGUGCACAUUGCCGGGUCAAACUACAGAAUGCAAGCUAAGUGUGGGUGAAGAGGGCGCAUGUCUUUUCAACAUCAAAACAGAUCCCUGCGAGUAUGACAACAUCGCCGAAAACCUCCCGGAUGUUGUGAGUCAACUGAAGAAACGACUGCACCAUUUCAAAAAAUCAGCAGUGUCAUCAGCUAUAACGUUUAAAGACGACGAGAAAGCUAACCCGGCUUUAAGGGGAAACGUCUGGCAACCUUGGCUCUGAGGUUUUUCAGAACUGAACGCAGCUUGCUCCCGAUACAAUAAUUGAGUAAUUUGUAUAUUUAAUUGAAAAUACUUAAUCUUA